ACCAGAACGCUUUAGAGGAAGCUGAUGCUAAACAAUUAAUAAAUGGCAAGAAAAUAAGAAGCUAUUUCAGCACGAGAAAGGUUGGCAAGUGGCAAGAUUUUUCCCUACAGUCCAGUCCAGUAAGUCAAUUCUGUGAUCUACCUUGUGCAGUGCUGUCAAUGCAUGUUUUUGGAGCUUGUUGAACUGGUAAACAACACAGUGUCUUUCAGGAAUGUGAGCCUCACCAGAGUUCAUUCAACUGAUUAUACUAGAAUGGUCGAAAUAACAACAGGGUUCAUGAUUCACAAAAUGAACUCCACAUAUCACCACGGAUUAAUUCUAGCCUACCAUACAAGGAACCACACUUUAGGUGCUUAUGCAGGCACUAAUCAGUCCAGUGAAAAAGACUCCUCCUCUUCAGGGUGUUAUGAGCAGCUUUUGGUCUCAACUGAGGUGUUUCUGGUCCUUGGUAUUUUCAGCCUUUUAGAAAACAUUUUGGUUAUUGCUGCAAUUAUAAAGAACAAGAAUCUACACUCUCCUAUGUACAUCUUCAUCUGCAGUUUGGCAGUGGCUGACAUGCUUGUAAGUGUGUUAAACGCCUGGGAAACUAUAGUGAUGGCCUUGAUCACCGGUGGGCACCUGACAUUCCACGACAACUUGAUCAAAAACAUGGACAAUGUGUUUGAUUCUAUGAUUUGCAGCUCAUUGCUGGCUUCAAUUUGCAGUCUGCUGGCCAUUGCAAUAGACAGAUACAUCACUAUCUUCUAUGCCCUCCGGUACCAUAACAUCAUGACUGUAAGAAGGGCUAUGAUUAUUAUUUCAAGUAUCUGGUCUUUUUGUAUAGUGUCUGGUAUCCUGUUUAUAAUUUACUCUAAAAGUACCACUGUCCUAAUUUGUCUUAUUUCCAUGUUCUUCACUAUGCUUGUACUCAUGACCUCUCUCUAUGUCCAUAUGUUCAUGCUGGCUCGGCUGCACAUGAAAAGAAUCGCAGUCCUUCCAGGGAAUGGCACAAUCCACCAUGGUACCAAUAUGAAAGGAGCCAUCACCUUAACCAUCUUGCUUGGUGUCUUUGUGGUAUGCUGGGCACCAUUCUUUCUCCACCUCAUCCUUAUGAUCUCCUGCCCUAGAAACCCUUACUGUGUCUGUUUCAUGUCUCAUUUCAACAUGUAUCUCAUUCUCAUAAUGUGUAACUCAGUGAUCGAUCCAUUAAUCUAUGCAUUCCGUAGCCAGGAGAUGCGCAAGACCUUUAAAGAAAUAAUGUGCUGUUGCAGCUUGCCAGGAAUGUGUGUGUGUGAACUGCCCACCCGCUACUAAAAACAAACGGCACAGUUUGCAGUCACUAUUUUACUAUAGAACAACUGCAUUCCUAAGUGAAAUGAACCGCCUAUGUUGAUUUAAUUUCAACCACAUUUCUAACAAUCCAGGCUGCUAAUUAAACAAUCCAGGAUGCUGCCUUUAAACAAUGAAACUGUGAGGGCAAAUUCAUUCUCAGAACUGCACUUUUUCAUUUUGCUCAGUCAGUUUGCAGAGCAAGUUAUUUAUUCAUCUUAUUUCCUGACAAACACAAAUUAAUCACUGCAAGGCAUAAAUCACGCAAUGACUUAUUUUGCAAUUCGUAUUAUUUCUUUAUGAAACCCAAAUUGUAUUAUAUAUGAUUCAAGAAGUCUGCUGUGUAAAUAAAUGAUUAAUGAUCUUGUUAAUGUAAGCAAAUAUGUAUCGAUUUAUGGACUUGGUAGUCGAGCAAACAUGUGUAGUGGCAGAUGUUUUGAAUGUGUAAGGAAUAUAUUUUGGUUAAUGUUAUCUGUGGAAUCUUAAUUGUUUUUGCAGGGUAAACUCUACCUUGUUUUUGAAUUGUGUCUUCAAUGGUUUCUCAAAUU